GUAAAUUAUCCUCAAAAUCAUUAAAAAUAUUUUUCAAUAUAUAGACAACUUAAUUUCUUUAGCCUUAAAUGAAAGAUUUUUUUUCCCCAAAAUAACAAAAAAACCUCUAUCAAUCUCCAAUUGUAGAAGAUUUCUGACCCAACUGCAGUAGAGUUCAACUUUCUCACCGCCAUUCUGAGGAGACAGCAAAAUGAGCAAGAAGAGAGUGUUGGUGGUGGGAGGCACUGGCUAUUUGGGUCAGCAUCUCCUACAAGGUUUUUCAGAGAUCCAAGGCCAUCCGUUCGAUUUGGCCUUUACCCACCACUCCACUCCUCCUCAGCCCUUGGUACAUGCCAUUCCUCACUCGCGGGCUUUUCAUGUUAAUUUACAGUCUGGGGAAGGGUUCGAAGCCAUCUCACGCUCAUUUGGCCAGCCUCAUGUAGUCGUGAAUUGUGCCGCAAUAUCCGUACCACGAUCCUGUGAGAUGGAUCCCGCUGCUGCUAUGUCCAUUAAUGUUCCUUCUUCUCUUGUAAAGUGGUUAUUGAGCUUUGAAGAGAGUAAUACUCUUCUUAUUCAUCUAUCAACUGAUCAAGUUUAUGAAGGGGUAAAGUCCUUCUACAAAGAAGAGGAUGAAACAGUUCCUGUGAAUGUUUAUGGAAAAUCAAAAGUGGCAGCAGAGCAGUUUAUUUCCACAAAUUUCUCAAAUUAUGCAAUUUUGAGAAGCAGCAUCAUCAUUGGGCCACAGGCUAUAUCACCUGUUCCGAAGUCACUUCCAAUUCAGUGGAUUGAUGGUGUCCUCUCUAGGGGGGAUAAGAUGGACUUCUUUUAUGAUGAGUUUCGCUGCCCAGUUUAUGUCAAAGAUGUGGUGGCUAUCAUACUAGCUUUAACAACCGGAUGGAUAGCAGAGGGUAAGCAAAUGAAGUUGAUCCUCAAUGCUGGUGGACCAGACAGGGUUUCCCGAGCUCAAAUAGCUGAGACUGUAGCAGAUGUUAGAGGAUAUGACACCUCAUUAAUCAAACCAGUGUCUGCAUCAUCAAACGGCCUGCUUGGCUCCUCAGCCAAUCCUGGGCAUUUAACUGCCAGGUCAUUCUCUUGGAUGAGUAUCACCUUAGAUGCUGGCUUCGAUAAAUUUCAAUUGAUAUGCUUUCUUCUUUUUCAUAUUUGGUUGACCGUGGCGUUAAGUCCCCAGUUGACAUAUCCAUGGAUAUAACUGAACUGAUUCAGACACUUCAUAUCUCACCUACUUCCUUGAGAGUAGGUGUUCAGCUCACACUGGAAAGUCAGGCCAGUUCUUGAUUUUAGAUGUUCUUUCCGUAAAUUGUUGUUUAAUGCAUGAUAGCUUGUUGCCCAUUGGGGUAUAAGAUGGAUUCCAAAACCUGAUUAUUUUGUUUGAUUGUGUUGGGUACUGAGGAAAAAUAAAUCCAGGAAAUGCUUCCAGAAAAACAGCCAUUACUUCUGUUCUGUGUGCUAUUGUUGUAAACAAAUUCUACAGUCGUGAAACAUAUGAAAAUAACCAUUUUUAUGGAAUUCAAUUUAUGAGAA